GUAUUAUAUUAUAACCCCCCACAUACGCUUUUUUGCAAGUCGCAAAUGUAGAGGCGCUGCCUAUAAGAGAAGAGUAUAGUAUACUUAUAUAUAGCACACACGGGUUGAACACAGAGACGGCACAUAACUCGCCCGUAUAAGCGCGAGUGUAGCCAGAGGGAGAUAGCGUCGAUCAGCCAUCAGCUGCCUUCAGCAGACUCGCGAAGUCGCGACUAGCCGAGCAGUUGGAGAAGUCGCUUCGUACGGACCACAUUGAGCAGAGAAAGAAAGAGAGAGAGAGAGAGCUGAGCAACGGUCGUCGCGUAUGCGCCAUCGGUGGCUGUGUGUUUUCUCGCACGGAAAGGCUCCCAGUAGUAGCGUACAGAGAGCUCAGCGCGCAGCGCAGGGACUGAUCCCUUAUCACCUGCACAAGAUCGCGUGUGUGAAAAAGAGCAGCAACAGCAGCUCGCAUAUAUAGCUUCCGAGAGAGCAGUGCGUGGCGGCCAUAUUGUUUGCAAAAGUGCGAGCGAGAGAGGAAUAUAUCGCGGAGAGCGAAAAGAGAGAGUUGAGUGUGUGUUUGUUUUGGUGGGCGCAGAGAGAGAGAGGAGAGACAUCUCCAUACCCGGAGGAAGAGCUCUCUCUCUCAGAGGAGUAAGGAUUCGCGCAGCGGCUUGACCCGGCAGUAUAUAGCGUGCAAAGAUGGCCUGCGCCACCCUCAAGAGGUCCCUGGAGUUCGACCCGGUGCACAGCCACGGCCGGCCAAGCAAGAGGCGACGAUGUGUGCCUAUGUGCGUGUCGCCCCCGGUGACGACCGCCUCGCCGACCAGCACAUCCAAGCCCCCGAGCGCCUCGUCCUUCGGCGAGAUCGCCGCCAAGAUGACGCCUGAGAAAAUGGCAGACAACAUCAGAGAAGAAAUUCGCAGAUUGCAAAGACGCAAACAGCUACAGCUCAAUCCACAGAGUGCUCCUUCUGAAUUGGAACCUCCAGCCAGUCCUCAACCUGCUCCAUCCAGCUCAACUAGUACCAAUUCCAGUCCCAGCAGCAAAGAAAAGCCUCUUUUUACUUUCAGACAGGUCGGCUUGAUCUGCGAAAGAAUGCUCAAAGAACAGGAAACACAAAUUCGAGAAGAAUACGAUCAGAUCUUGAACAUGAAGCUUUCAGAACAGUAUGAUGCUUUUGUCAAAUUUACAUAUGACCAGAUUCAGAAGCGAUUUGAAUCGGCAGCUGCACCCAGCUACUUGUCCUAAAGAUGGUUGAUAAGUGUUAGGAAAAGUUUCUGUAAAGAACGUUAGAUUUCUACACAGUAAAUGGGUUAAAUUUGCUUAAAUUUUUGAGCAGCGGUAAACAGCGCCACCUCGUGAUAAGGAGACACAUAAAGAGUUAAAGCAAUGUCAUACACAUCAAAACCAGAAAAACGGUUCGACAGUAGAGUUGACGAGAAAAGAUUUAGCGAUGUAAGUUUAGUAAGUUUGCAAUGAAAAGCGAUCACAUUACGAAUAAACAAAAAAAUCCACAAUGUUUGCUAGUUAAACUAACAAUGUUUGUACUGUUUAGUAUUAGAAGCGCGCUGGUAUCAGGGAACUACGUCUAGAGUCCAUUACCAAUGCAAAAUCACUUGUAGAUACUGAUUUGUUUGUCGCGAUGCAAAAGUAGUACCGAAAGUUUCCGAGAUAUGCUCAAAAUGGAAGCUCUUUGCAUUUUGAUAUCUCUCACGAUUCUUGUAAAGAAAUUAGGUCAAUUGUCCUAUGAUCGAAACACUGCGUUCUUUUUGUAGCGUACCGCAAUGCAAUGGUGACUUUGCCUUAGCGAAAUUACCAAGGCGUAGCACAAACUAUCGGUUGGUAACUUCUUGUCAAAGUCUAAAGUCGACAUCGUGUACUCGUAUUAUAUAAGAAGAAACUAGUAUGGUGCUCGAGUCGAGCCGAAAGAAGUUUGCUACGAUUUGCAUCCUUCGCGAUCUCGACGCGUCGAGCAUUACUAGUUUAUGGUACCUGCCCUGUCAUUAUGAGAGGAAGGAUCGCUUACAUUGAAAUAAUUUUCCUUAUAUAUUGUCGAGCACCAAAUACUUUUGUGAAUUAUGCUAGCUAGGUACUUUAAUUUAAAGCUGCUCGCGACGCCAAGUGCUUUAAAAAGUUGUAUAGUUUAUAUGCCUACAAUGUUUUUGUAUGUGCUUAUUUGGCAUAGCAAUUGUCAUUACUUUUCAUAAAUAAUUCUUAUAUACAUUUACAAUUAAUUUUUUAUGAAAAAACUAAUUAUACUUAAGUACUAUUAAAUCAAAUCAAGUAUUUUUUAAGUGACUUUUUUUACAUUAAAAGAAGAACAUAAUAUUUCUCCUGAAAAAAAUGUAAAUUUUAUACUACUGUAAAUUAAAUAUUUUCCUAGACAACAUUUUAGCUUUUUGCAUUGAUAUUAAUAUUAAAUUAUAUUGUAUAUAUGCUCAAUAUUUUCACGUUGGACAAAGCAAUGCUAUUCGAACUCAUUGAAAUUCUGAUCAUAUUGUAUCAAAAUAUAAGCGAUAUUUAUCCUGAUACAUAAAAAUAUGUUAAAAAUAUAAGAUUACCGGGUGAAUGAAGAGGUGCAUACACGAGCAUUGUAGGUGGAUAGAUUGAUAAUGUAGAAUUCUACGCUGGAAUAUCGGAAGUCGUCGCCUAAACAUUUAUUAACUAUAUUUGUAAAUUAGGUGCAUUAUUGAGAAUUAAGACUUUUUAAUUUUGUAUAACUUUUACAGUUAUUCAUUAAAAUUGAAAAUUCGUAAGCUCAUAUUGAGAAUGUAGACAAACAUUUGUAUAAAAUUAUACUUUUCUGUAAUGACGUGAUAUAUUUUUGAAAGAAAAGCAAAUAAAUUUUUAGCUCCUCGUUAUAAUGAACGUGCCAUUAAAAAGUCGAAAUUAACUGCCCGUGUCACGUAAAUUAUUUUUCAGGCUCGAAUCUGCGAUCAUAAUGCCGUACAAUCGAUUCCUUAAUUAAUCACACAUUUUCAGUGCUUAUGGAUCAUUAAUUUGUGUAACCUUUUUAAAAACGGCACUAUUAUCGGGGAACUCAAAAAAAAAAAUAAUAGCCUACAAUUUGGUUUUAUGAAUCGUCUCUGGCUCAAAAUCCAUAUCUCAUAAUACUGUGUACCGACUCACUUUGAAACUAUAUCGGGCUGUGGAGUCUGGAAAACGGAAAUCAAGUGCGGUAGUUUCUUCGUAUACUUGCCUCGGUCAAUGUAUUUUCUCAUUAUUAAGUUAUCAUUAUUCAUUUUGACUUCUAUUCUGAUGAUGUAAUAUUGUUUAUUUGUAAACUAAGAAUCAAAUUAGCUUGAAACUUGGAAUUGUACGAACGCAUUGUAAGUAAUAAACUUUUGGAAAAAAGUUUCACAGCUCUUUUCUUUUUUGAUAAAUUUCUUUGUUCCCUGGUAGCAACGGCUUGCCAUAGUAUCUACGUUUAUUGUGCCUACAUAUUAGUAAUAUUUACUGCGUUUAGUUGUUACACUAUCAUUUAUUAUUAAUAUUGUUAUUGCUCGUUUGGUUUUGUUUUUCAAGUUUGUAACGUUUCGAUAUUCGCGUAAAUCAGAAUGCUUAUUACUACUUUUUUUGCAUAUAGAUUUUUUUACUUUUUAUUUUCUCUAGCAUCGAUAUAAUAUCUACACACGCCAUGCGUAUCACAAAAGUUACAAACGUGAAAAAGCGAGCAGCGUUGACUCGGUAAACGAAUGUCUAAUUUUACUUUAUUGUAUAUCUAGAAUAAUAAGUUUGUUUUGCCUUAACUUUUUUAUGAAAUCGAGAAAGUUAGCAGUUAUUUUUCUAGAAAACUCGGAACGAUAAAUGAUAAAUUUAUUUAUUACUCUAUGAUUUAUUUGCGUUGUAUUUAACAUUAAGUUUAGCGCACCCCGAGUUUCAGUUACCUACUCGGACUUUUCGAUGCUCUCAUCCGUUAAUCACAUUUAGUAAGAACACGAAAAAUUAACAAUUUCAAAUGUAUAGCGUCAUUCAUUCAACCAACAAAAUUUGUGCCACCACCUUCAAAUUUGCCCGUUGUGCACUCAACUCAAGAAAUUUCAAGUCAAAAAAGCACAAGAAAUUACACUUGGAUGCGCGUCACGAAAUCGUACUUCAAAGUUACCCAUAAAAUUGCUUGAUAAUAAAGUAUAAUUACUAUAUUCAAUCUUUAAUUCUUAGUAUUGAAAAUCUAACGAAUGCCUUAUUUAUUGCUUCUCCGCUACUUCUUCAAGCCAGUAAAAAUUUCGACGACGCGCGUCCGUCUGCAAUAAAUACCGUUUUUAAUAACUUCACAAUUUGUAAAGCGAAAACAAAAGCCCGAGAGAAAUCAAAGUGGAAAAAAGCUAUAUGAACAGACCAACUAUAAGCGUGUUUUUUAUACACACAUACUUAUAUACGCCCACGAUGUAAAUGUGAAAGCGAAACCAAUAAUAAUAAUAAUAAUAAUAAUAGUCCGAAUGUAUAGAAUUCACACACAUACACACAAUUCUUUUCCGAUGCGCUGAUAAAUCGGAGAUUGUAAAAUAUAUAACUAUAAGACGACGAGAGGGGAGCGACAAGCCGUACAUAUAUAUAUAUAACAAAGCAAGUUAUAAAAUAAAAAAAACAGCAACAACUUAGACUUAAGUUUUAUGUAAAUUAUACGAAAAGAAGAAAAAAACCUGCGCUUUCUAAGAAGAAAAUAAUAUAAAACGGUCGAUGAUCGCGUAUUACGGACACGCGUAGACGUCUAUAGAGUGGCGGUGGAAUUUGGCAGUUAAACAGCGGCUCUGCGGCGACUUCGAGUGGAUUCAAAAAGCUCAUCGACUUGAAUACCUCCAUACUCUGUAAGCAUAUAAUUAUCAUUGAAAUAAAAAUAAAUCUUAAGACUGAAA